GUUCUCUAGCGGAUACCUCGCUGCUGCUGCAGUAGACAUGUAAACACGCCAGAACACUGUACAAACUGUCAUUUUUUUAAAUAUAUCUUUCCGUUUUAAAGAAAGGCGUGUGCGGUUUGUUUCGGUUAAUUCGAAAUCCAGUCGAACUGUUAACUCAGUUUGGACUCAUGGAUUCCAGCUAAUUUUCCGCUUGGUUUAUUUUAGCCACAUUGCCCUUGUGUUCAUUUGUGGUCUGUUUUAACUGCUUCACACGAAGAGGAUGGACACGAAAAGUCUCCCUCCGGACAGAAAUAUUCUGUGUUUAUUCGAUGUGGACGGAACCCUGACCCCACCGAGAGAGAAAAUUGACCCACAGCUGGAUGGAUUUUUACAGUCUCUGCGUAACAAAGUGAAGAUUGGAGUGGUGGGAGGGUCAGACUACUCUAAGAUAGCAGAACAGCUCGGAGAAGGAGAUGAAGUCAUACAUAAGUUUGACUACGUGUUUGCUGAAAAUGGCACAGUGCAAUAUAAGGAUGGCAAACUGCUGUCUAAACAGGCAAUACAGAACCAGUUGGGUGAAGAGCUGCUGCAAGAUCUUAUUAACUUCUGUCUCAGAUAUAUGGGCCUGAUCAAACUGCCCAAGAAACGAGGCACAUUCAUCGAGUUUCGCAAUGGAAUGAUUAACAUCUCUCCAAUCGGACGGAGUUGCACACUUGAAGAGCGAAUAGAAUUUGCAGAAAUAGACAAGAAAGAGAAGAUCAGGGAGAAGUUUGUAGCUGCUCUGCAGAAGGAGUUUGCAGGAAAAGGACUGAGGUUCACUCGAGGGGGACUGAUCAGUUUUGACGUAUUUCCUGAAGGCUGGGAUAAGCGUUUAUGUCUGGAACCCCUGGAGAGAGAGGGAUUGGAUGCCAUCUAUUUCUUUGGAAAUGAGACCUCAUUGGGUGGGAACGAUUACGAGAUUUUCGAGGAUCCACGGACCAAAGGCUUCACUGUUUACUCCCCCGAGGACACAACACGGCUAUGCACAGAACUGUUCUUCAACACCCCGCCCAACGAGGCUUGACAAUACAUCCACUCAUACAAGCACAGAGAUAUCAGCAGCACAUGUCUGCGUGUAACUGACACCCCCUGCUGUCCAGAGCUGGUACUACACCAAGAACAGCACUCUGUGGAACGUGGACAACAAAUACAGAUGAUAAACAGGUUAGCUAGAGUGGAAGAAACCCAGUCACUACCAGUAAACAAAUGAACAUGUCUGAGAUAGAACUUUUAAACAGACUACAUGAGCUGAACUUAUACCUGGUCAACAACAACCACCACAUUGCUUGUGAUACCAAAACUAACCCUAAGAUUUCACUCCUCAGACUGAUCAUUGGGAAUGUUUUAACAGUAAAAAUGAAAUGUUUAAUGUGACAUUACAUGUGAUGUUUUCUAAGGCAUGGUCAGUGAUCCAUAAUUGAUCUGUCUUGCCUGAUUUUGUGAGCUUUCAGCUUGAACUUUGUGCUGAUUGUAUUUUCCAUUGCGCACUCCCAGUCAAAGCAGACUUCAUGAUAAAUACUUGGAUCCUUUAAGUGCACUCGGCGAGCGGUACAAAGUGCAGUGAUAAUGCAGAAGAACAGAUAUUGAGAAAGACCCAGAGUCUUUGGCCUGAUGCCAAGCCACCUGCAGACCCAGAGAACCAGCAGUAGUCCUUUAUCAUGGGUUAAAUAUUGACAUUGUGGCAUACAUUGAAAGAAUAUGGUAAUUUAGUAAAUAAACAAUGUCAGUGGUUGUGAAAAUUAUUAAGUAUACUUAGAUUUAGUAAUCCUAGCACCUACGUUUAAAACCAUGGCAGGCCCUGAAACUGCUGGUCUAGGACUGCUGUGUGCUCUCUAGGGUGGAUGAAACCAACACUGUGUCCAAAUAGUCAUUUUAAACUUUCUGUUGUAUCUGUGUUCCUUUAUUGUGCUUGGUCUGGUAGCCAGGAGGAACCAUAUGCUGGUCAGUCCAGUCUAAGCUUUCUUGUGUCCUAUAAAGUGGACCUAGUGUGCCACCUACUGGCUGGACCAUAAGUGUGCAGCAAGUCUGCUAUGAAGUCUACUACUGCGUCUAAGGGCCUUAGUGCAGGUAGAGGCUAAACCCUCAAUCAGAACCUGUAUUCACGAAGGAUCACAUAGGAGUAUAGGAGUACAUAAUAGGAGUACUAAUCUUGGACUGAAUUGUUCCUGGUUUGUCUUGUUCUUAGUCAUUAUAAGAUAAUAAGCUAAACUGAUCCAGAAUCAGCACUCCUCACAGCUGCAUUUGUGAGCAAAUGUGAAAAGUGCUUUUUUUUGUUGUUGUUGUUCUUGACUAAAAAUUAUUUUUGAAGGGACAGUAUCUAUUGACGGUGAGCUUUUUUCUCUGACACUAAGCCGAAUCUAAGCGUGGAAAAUGGAGCUAACCAUUCACUCUGAUCAAUGCAUGUCAUUCGUAGCCGUUUCUGUAUAGAUAGCAGAACAGAACUGUUCGAACGGAAUGAGAUUAAUCUGUUUCAACACAGCAUCUGCAUGCAAAUGGCUGUAUUGGCAGACUGUUAAAGGGGAAUUCCAACUUUGUAAACAUUCCACAUAAACUGUUAUGAUGUAAACAAAGUCAUUCAGUGAUGUUAGUCAUUUUAAAGAAACUUAACAACUUGAAAUAGUUUACAGUGGUGGUGAUGGGAACCAGACAUCUGAAUAAUUUAAUUUCUCUUAAAAAGUUCCUUACAGAAAUAUUUUACAGAAAAUAAUGUAAUUGGUUUCAGUAGUUUACACAAAAUAGAUGUUUAAGACAUUGUUUUACGUUGUUUCGUUAAUGGUGCAAAAAUAUAAAACUCAGACAAGUAUAGAUAGACUGGUGGUUUUGGAUAGUAAAUAAAUUGGGUACACUUGUAUUGUAGACAUCACAACUUCUGGUUCCCAUCAAUCUCACUGUAAAGGAAAUGCGCUUCUGUAAUUUUUCUCUACAAGGAAUUGUCAAAUCAGACCACUCUGAAAGACCUUGUUGACAUUGCAAUACUUGAAUUAUGUAGAAAUCUUAAAAAACAAUCUGUGAAAAAUUCCCCUUUAAGCCUCAGAACUGAGCAUGUACAUACAGAACGUGAUAAAGGGAAAAGUCAAAUUUGAAUGUAUUCUAAUAGGCGGUAACAUGAGCUGUAACUGUCGUCAUUAAUUUACAUUCAUGCCUGAAAGUGGUUGCCUGUGAAUCUAAAUCACUACAUAUGAAUGGCUCAGUCAUUUUUAUUGCAAAUUGUUCUCCGUACUGUUUUGCAUUUGUGAUUGGAAUGGUCAAGUUCUGCAUCAGGAGAAUCCUGAAGCCUGUAUAUAGUCUUUAUUCAUGAUAUUCUUUUCAACACACACUGACCUAUCCAAACUCAUGUGGGAUGGAGCAUGAAGCGACAAGAUUUCUGUCCAUCUUGGAUCAUUUUUCUGCCCUUUAACAAAAACACAGCAUUCAAACACCCCUCUUAUGGGCUACAUGAAAUAAUGGGAUAUUUUUUUUAUGGUACAUUUCCUGUGUGUAAAAGAUCAGAAACAUCUCUAUGAUUUUUAACAGUACAUUUGUGUUUGUCUGUUUUAAUAAAUCAUUUUCAUAAAUCAA